GUGACCUCGGGUUUUUAUUUUAGGGAACGGACUGCAGAAAGAGAUCUGAGCCCUCCCCCCAGCUUUGAGACCCGGGGACCCAGCGCCUCCGGGGCUGACACUUCCCCCGCACCACCGCCAGCUACCCCGCCAAGCACCGACAAGAGGGGGUACACCUCCUCGCACGCACACUUUCUUUUUUCCCCGGCUUCUGACGGCGGCGGGCUCGGCUGCAAGCGAGCCUUAGAAGAACCCCGGUCAGCGGCUAGGGGCGGGGUGGAGGGGGCAGGGGUACGAGACUAUGCACUGAAACUUUUUGUCCAACUUUUGGACUGUUCUCGCUCCGGAGGAGCCGUGGUCCGCGCCGGGAGCGCCGAGCUGUGCCGAGCGGAGAGCAGUGCUCGCUCGGGCCCGGAUCAGCAGCAGCAGCGGCGGCAGCGGCGGCGGCAGCUGCGGCGGCGACAAGAGGAGGAAGAAGAAAAAGAAGAAAACGAAGAAGAGGUGCGGGGGCCGCGGGAGCGGCAGAGGCUCGGCUCUAGGGAGCCGGGCUCAUGGACGGGUGAAGCCUUAGAGAGCACAGUGAGCGCCCAGCCCGCUAGCGCGCCCCAGGCCCUGGCCCGGGCCUUGGCCCCGGGGGAAAAAGGAGACAGCGAAGAAGGCGCCGGGGGGACAAGGCCACCGACGCCGCAGCCGCAGAAGAGCGAGAAAGGGAGGCAAGGGAGUGAGAGCCUUACCGGCCCCGACCGGGCCUCCGAAACCAUGAACUUUAUGCUCACUUGGGUACAUUGGUGCUUAGCCCUGCUGCUCUAUCUCCAUCAUGCUAAGUGGUCGCAGGCAGCACCCACCCCAGAAGAAGGAGAAAGGAAACCUACAGAGGUGGUGAAAUUUCUGGAUGUCUACCAACGCAGCUACUGCCGGGCUAUCGAGACUCUGGUGGACAUCUUCCAAGAAUACCCAGAUGAGGUGGAAUUCAUUUUCAAGCCGUCUUGUGUACCUCUGAUGAGGUGUGCUGGCUGUUGCAAUGAUGAGGGACUCGAGUGUGUCCCCUACGAGGUGCACAACGUCACCAUGCAGAUCAUGAGGAUUAAACCCCACCAGGGCCAGCAUAUUGGGGAGAUGAGCUUCUUACAGCACAGUAAAUGUGAAUGCAGACCAAAGAAAGAUGUCAAAGGAAAACAAGAGAAAAAAUCAAAUCGAGGAAAGGGGAAGGGGCAAAAGCGCAAGCGAAAGAAAUCCCGGUAUAAAUCCUGGAUCGUUCCCUGUGGGCCUUGCUCAGAGCGGAGAAAGCAUUUGUUUGUACAAGAUCCGCAGACGUGUAAAUGCUCCUGCAAAAACACAGACUCGAGGUGCAAGGCGAGGCAGCUUGAGUUAAACGAACGAACUUGCAGGAUCCCCCCCGUGGAGGGGGGAGUGUCGGGGUUCUGUCCUGGCUGGGUGCCAGGGAAGCUGCUCCGGUUGGCAGGGUGCACAGACUGGCGUGGCUCCAUGUGGUGGUGUUGUCGUGGAGGGUAACGCCCCUGAUGUGCUGUGUUGUCUGGAUCCAGAUGUGACAAGCCAAGGCGGUGAGCCCCCUCGGCAUUUCCAGAGCCAGACCUCUCAGACCUGGAAAAGAAAAAAAAAUCAGAACAAUUAAGAGAAACCACAAGCCACCACCACCGCCACCACCGUCGCCAACACUGACAACCCAAUGAUGAUGAAACUAACACUAAUCCAAAAGAAACCUUAAAUGAAGGAUGAAGAGAGGCGCAUAGCACUUUGAGUCCGGAAGGUGUGACUCCGGCAGAAGCAUUCCCGGGCAAGAGACGGAGCAGGGGUCCCUCUUCCAGUUGGAUUGCAAUUCUGUUUUUCAUGCUGCUAAAUCAUGGAGCCAGGAAGAUUAGAGGGUUUUAUUUCUGGGAUUCCUAUAGACACACCCACACGCGUACAUGCAUUCAUAUAUAUAUAUACAUAUAUAUAAAAAUAAAUAUAUAUAUUUUAUAUGUACAUAUAAAAUAUAUAUAUUCUUUUUUAAUAAUUAACAUUGCUAACGUUAUUGGUGUCUUCACUGGAUGUAUUUGACUGCUGUGGACUUGAGUGGGAAAAAAAUACCCACACAGAAUCCAGCUGGGAAAAGAUGGGAGCAGUGAUAUUGGCAUGGCCACCUUCUUCUAGGGGAGGCCAGAGCUAUCUAUCUGUGCCUUCCACUCUGUCCCUUCUUGCCCUGCCUUGUCCUGCUGGCCCCAGGAAGAAUGACUGAACACGCGGAGGUUGAAUUUGAUGCCUGGCUCUGGGUUUUGAGGGCAUGUUGACAUACUCAGCUGUGGUCCCCAUAUUUUACUCCUCUAUUGGAUUGCACCUUGGACCUGUCCCCUAGGUUGUUGUUGGUUUUUGUUUUUGUUUUUGUUUUUCUGUUGUUUUUUUUUUUUUGUCAAAGAUGGGGAAAGGGCUGAGAGAUGGGAGACAGGGAAGAAGAAGCAGCAUGGUUAGGAGGAAUGGGGACCAGAGGAUGCUACAGUGCUGGGGUGCUCCCCAAACUCCCCUGAUGACAAGACAUCCUAUCCCCUGGGUCUGAAUUGCCUGGGUACCCUUCAAAACACAGUGGAACAUUUCUGUAGAGGGGUAUUACUAUGCUGUGGAGACAGGGGGUGGUGCAUUUUGUGUGAUAAUAUAUCCCUCUCCCCCAAUGUAACCUCCCCUCCCCACACCUUUUCCCAAGGAGGAGAAGCUAUCCCCCUCUGUCUUCCUCUUGCUCAGUGAGGCAGGCUCCAGAAGCAGAGAUAAACCCUCAAGACUACUAAACCACUAGGAAGCUUCCCCCAGGGUGUUUGAGUUUGGCUUGUCUGAAGGCAGACAAGGGUGAAGGGUGAAGGGUGAAGGGCGAAUGGGUGGCUGUGGGCGUGGGAGUGCUUCCCUGACCCUGGACCCUGACCUUGUCUCCCACUCCACAGUGGGGAGAGACAGAGCAGGAUCCAUAUGCCUGGUGUGGAGGCAGAGAAAAGAAAAAAGUGUUUUAUAUUACUUAUUUAAUAUCCCUUUUUAAUUAGAAAUUAAAACAGUUAAUUUAAUUAAAAGAGUAGGGUUUUUCAGUAUUCUUGGUUAAUAUUUAAUUUCAACUAUUUAUAAAUAUACCUCUUUCUCUUUUUCUCUCUUAUUCUCUCUUCUAUUUGUAUUUUUUUUGGGGGGGGAUAAAGUUCAUGUUUCCAGUAUCUCCCCACCUCGAUUUGGGGUGGGGGGAGAAACCAUUGGCGAUGGUCAGUAGCAUGCCCCGAACAGAUAUUUAAUUUUUCUAACACUUGCCCCUCCUCAUUUUCCCUGCUCCCCCCACACAUUCCUGUUGAAAUAAGGUUUCAAUAUACAUCUACAUACUAUAUAUAUAUUUGGCUACUUGUGUUUGUAUAUAUAUAUAUAUAUAUAUAUAUGUUUAUGUAUAUAUGUGAUUUGGAUGAAAUAGACUUCGCCAUUGUUUUUUUUAUAUGUAAAAAACAAAAUAAGAAAAAAAUAGAAAAUUCUACAUACUAAAUUUCUCUCUUUUUUAAUUUUAAUAUUUGUUAUCAUUUAUUUAUUGGUGCUACUGUUUAUCCGUAAUAAUUGUGGGGAAAGAAGAUAUUAACAUCACAUCUUUGUCUCUAGUACAGUUUCUUGAGAUAUUCCGUAGUACAUAUUUAUUUUUAAACGAUGACAACAACAACAAAAAUACAGCUAUAUCUUAAAAAAAGAAGCUUUUUGUAUUAAAAAAUUUAAUUCUGAUCUCAAA